AUGAAUAUCUCGAAUACAAGAGGAUCGGAUGACGAAAAAAGCACAAACAACGGUAAGAAUAUUGUCCCAAACCCUAAUUUAACAACAUCUUCGUGGACAAAACUGAGAGAUCCAAGAAUCGUUCGAGUUUCACGAGCCUUUGGUGGGAAAGACAGACAUAGUAAAGUUUGCACAGUGAGAGGAUUAAGAGAUAGGCGAGUAAGGCUAUCUGUUCAAACUGCUAUUCAGUUAUAUGAUCUUCAAGAUCGCCUCGGACUUAAUCAACCCAGCAAGGUUGUUGAUUGGUUGCUCGAUGUUGCUAAGCAUGAAAUCGAUGAACUUCCUCCUCUCCAAAUGCCAUCUGGGAACUUCGGUCAAAAUCUUCAAUCAAUGAUCAAUGUUGCUUCUCACUCCGAAAAUCUUGAAGGUGUUAGAACGAAUACUAAUGGUCUCAACUGGGAGGAUUACUGGAAUCCCGAUAAAUCUAAGGAGAAUAAAGAUCAUUUCUUUGUUCAAUCGAGUACUCAAUCUUCAUCUUUACCAAAUGUGUGCAACAAUGUUGUGCCAAAUGGUUCUUUCUUGAAAUUGAAUCCUUCAAAUUUGUCAUUAUCACAGUUCGGAAGCUAUGGGUCAAUGGCACAUCAUCAAGAAAAUGCAAGUGAUAAUUUCAAUCAUAUCGCAUACCCACUUCCAUCUCAUGAUCAUAACGUGAGGUAUCAAUUUGAUCCAAAACAACUAACCUUUGAGAUGUUGAGCUCUUCAUCUUCAAGUUCACAUCAACAACCUUUGUCUUCUUCACCUCUAUAUACAAUAAACCAAGGGAUGGUUAGGCCUUUGCACUUGAGUAUGAACCCUAAGCCUUUUCCUUCUGAAGAAAAUGGACAUUCAUGA